GUACGUCUAACCAAUACUCACUUAAGGAAUCAAGGUACCGUUGAAGUCUACGUCAACGGCCGUUGGGGAACUGUGUGCGACAAAAAUUGGAACAUGCACAACGCUAUGGUAGUUUGUCGUCAGUUGGGCUUCAGUAAAGCACAAGCUGCUACUUGCUGUAAUAAAUUUGGUCAAAGCACAACAUCAUUCGCUCUUACUAAUGUCUACUGCAAAGGUAACGAGCCUGGUCUUGGUUCAUGUUUCCAUAACGGAUUUGGCAAUGCUAAUUGCUCUUCUGGGAUGACUGCUGGAGUUAUUUGUUCCAUAAAUCUGCCUGAUAUUCGCCUUGUUGGUGGAAAUUCAAGUAGAGAAGGUCGCGUUGAAAUAUACCGAAACAGCACUUGGGGAUCUAUUUGCGGUCACAACUGGAAUAUCCAAGCUGCUAACAUUGUAUGCAAGCAAUUAGGAUACCAUGGAGCACAAAGAACAGCCUGCUGCGGACAAUUUGGUAAUGGAACCGGUCAUUAUAUGCUAAGUAAUGUCCACUGUGAAGGCAACGAAAAACUUAUUACUGACUGCUUUAAUUCCGGAAAUGGCAUGAUGUCCACCUGUAAGAGACCUGGUGAAGAAGCUGGCGUCGUCUACAACGAUACAGCACCGGUUCGCUUAGUUGGCGGUAAGACACGCAAUGAAGGAAGAGUGGAAGUUUAUCGUUUCGGAAAGUGGGGAACUGUAUGCGAUUAUGGAUUCGAUAUGAAAGAUGCUAAUGUAAUUUGUAGACAACUUGGUUAUGAAGGAGCUGAAUCGUGGCGUUGUUGUGCUCAAUACGGCAACGGUACUGGUCAAAUUUGGCUAUCUGGAGUUGAUUGUAAAGGCAAUGAAAAAUCGAUUGCUCAAUGUCGCCAUUACGGUUGGGGCAAUACCAAUCAUUGUAACCAUUUCAAAGAUGUUGGAGUAAGAUGCAAAGGUACGAUUCCGUAUGCUAUUAAAAACGCCGGUGUCGGUUUCAGUAUUUAUAGUACAUUCUAUAGGAUUAUUAAUAUAAUUAAAAUAGAUAUUACAAUAUAUUUGUAA